AUGAGCCUAGCCUGCUCCGAAAAAGAAAAGAAGCCCGGGCUCGGUGCUGGAAGAGUGCAAUCUAUGACGCUCCUUGGCAUCUGCGAUAUGCGAUGCCGCUAUGCCCUACGCGUAGUGCUGCGCAGCCUAGAAUGGUGCAAGAUUUCCCAGAUGCCCGCUGACCCUCUGACCCCGGUCGCUCUCAAGAUCCCGGUCCUCCCCGUCAGUUAG